AUAGACUUGUUCGGGCAGCUGAUCACCAUUCCAGAUUUUACGAAAAUGGUAAGAAAUGCAUUUUAAACGUGCUUUUAAACCUGCAAUGGUUCAUAAUGGCCCCCCUUUGGGGUGACUUAACAGGUGUGGCGGGUCACCCCAACUAUCAUGUAAAGGUGGUCAAAUUAAAAUAUUAUGUUGACGGGCGAGUUACCUCACCUAAACGGUUUACCUCACCUACUUGGGGUCCCCCACCUCCAUGUACACGGGCCCUAAGAUAAGGUCGUGUGCUAUUUUUAACCAGUUGGACAGGUUUUCCAAUUAUUUCUUAGUAUAUGAAGGUCUUGCUUUUUGAUUGGUUGACGACUACGUGUAAGAACUGGGAAAAGUAUUCAUUGGUUGAUUCAGGUUGUCGAAGGAAUAAGCGCUAACUCGCCUGUGAAGUAGUUAUGCAAGUUCCAUUUCAUACUGCUUUCAUUAUCCAACAAGUUGUUCCCAAGGGCGGAUUUAGGGGUGGGCCCAGGGGGCCCAGGCUCCCCCUUUUUGUUCGGGAAUUUUUUUCUUUUUUAUAUUGUCAACGUGUGCCGGAUAGUACUUCGAGCUUUGUUACUUAAAUAUACUUUCUUUUAUAAACAUUGUUAAUAAGAAAGGAAUCUGUGUUCGAAGCCUACAUAUUUCAUACAGUGUUAAUUACCUCUUUAACCACAACCACACCCGUGGUUUAUUAAAUAUUUCAGCAUUUCAUGUUCAAUAUGGAAUCCAGGCAUUUGCUUAAUCUAAGCGUCCAGAUUGCACUAGAUUGCAUCUCAGAGAACUUCAAUCUCAAAAGUUUUCCCGGAGGAGCAUGCCCCCGAAUCUCCCUAGAAAAGUGCGCCGUUCGCAGUCCUGAUGGGCGCUAUCGCGCCCAUAUUGCUACUGUAUAUUAUAUCUCUAGGCCCCCUCUAUCACAAAAUCCUCCUUCCACCUUUGUUUCCAAGUUGUUCCUCUUUACAAUGCGCGCAAGUCGUGAAUAUUUAAUGAGGAGCAAAGCAAACUAGCCCUUUCUACCUCGAAAAAACAUUUUUCCAUUUUCAUCCCUUUUUCCUUUCCCUCAUUUCAUUAUUUCACAUUGUUUCCUUCCACCACGACAACCACGUUUCUAUUGUUUUCCCUCAGCGCGAGGUUAUGGUGAACGUUGUAAAGAAAAGAAAACCUGACUUCGUAAAUCUUUUAACUGGAUUAAAAAGAAUUGUGACGAACCAAACAGAGGGCUGCUUAGAAGGCUAUCCUCUUUACUUUUAUUCACACAGUAGUACUUGCUAGGCAGACUACGUAACCUUUUUCUUUAUAUUCGUCCCCACACAAAAACGGGAAACUCAAGAUCUUUUUCUUUGUUUGUUUACUUAAAAUAUUAAAUGAAAUUACCAAUAAUUUACAAGUACAUUAAUUAACUGGCUUGAAAUUCUCCCUAAAUAUCACUAUUUUAAAAUAGUUUUGUUAUUGUCCGUCACCUUAUUCCGUCUUAGGUUCCUAAGGUUGCCAAGUACUGGAAGGAAGUUAAAGAAAGCGGUGCUCUCCCCAUGGAACUGGUUGAUCUUGUGUUUUCCAGCUUUCUCCUGAAGGGUGUUGCCAGGAAAGACAUUCUUGAUUUGAUGGAACAAUUUGGAUUAAUUGCAAAAUUUUCAUCUUCAAAGGCAGGUGAAAAGUAUUUUGUUCCAUCUCAACUCAAAGCUUCGCCUGAUUCCCUUUGUUCCAUGGCGCCCUCUAGGCUGGACCCUUGUGCCCUGUAUGUUUACUUUGUCAGCGGUUCUGUUCCCCAUGGUCUGUUCACUCGGCUUGUUUCUCGAUCCGUCCGUUGGUGUUCUGAGGCUGGUCCAACUCAGCCCCCUACCCUGUUUCAAAAUGGAGCGUGGUUUGUUAUUGGCAAGCAAACUUUUCAUGAUUUUGUUCUUAUUUGUGAGAAGCAGUUUAUUAAGUUUUUUAUCAAGCAAAGAAACCAACCUCAGCAGAUCUCAGUAGAUGACACAAGUGAGGUGGCAGUACAGGUUCGUAAGUUUGUGGAGGCAACUUUGCAAGUUUUGUCACGUGAUCUCUAUAAAGGUGGAUUGCAGUAUCAUAUUCGGGUCGCCUGUCCGUAUUGUCAGCGGCAAAAAUGCUCAAGCCAUGAUCAGAUUGCAUGUUCUCAUAGAGAUUGUCUUCACCUCCUUGAGUUAAGACGAGGCGGUCCUCUGAUUUGCAAGAAGAAACCUGCAGAGGAGGUACUCACAGUUACUGGACAAGAAAAGUGGUUCUCGCAAAUAGAAAGUAAGGUAGGUAGUAGUGAAAUGCAAUCUCCAGUAGUGCUGGUAGCAUAUUACAUAUCUAUCGAAUACGCAUGCUACUUAAAAUUGUGUCUUUCUAAAGAGUAGCCACUGUAGCAAUAUAUUUAAACUAAAGAGGCUUCAACAAAGUCCAUGGAUGUGCUUUGUUAAGGCUAUAGUAUGAGGUUUAACGUAUGCCUUUAUUUAUCCUACCACGAGCUCCACUGGAGUGUAAGAGAAGGCUUUGUUGCUAUCAACUUAGCAAACAUUAGUACUUCAAAUCAAGUAAGUUGGGUGAUAAGGUCAAUUGACUACCAUAUAUUAAUAAUUGUUAUUGGUCUAAUAGGCAUAGCAGUUGGCAUAUGAGUUUUUCUCAAGUCUUUUUUAAUGUGCUGUUUUGCUUUGCUGUUGAGCAAUGAGUUUAUAGCAUUUAACGUGUUAACAUGUCUUGCAAACUUUCAUUCAAAAAGGUAGAACCCCCCAGAUGUAAAAUUUGUAUUUUAUAAUAUGCAAUUUUGGUUGCUAUGCAGGAAGCGUGUACUCCAUCAUCAUCACCUGAUACCAAACAAGCUCGCCCAGAGCGUCUGGUACUGAAAGUUACCCUUCUCGCGAAUGAGUGGGGAUCGUCUCAGGGUGGCUUGUCAACAAUAAACAGGACUCUUGCCAUACAUUUGGCAAAAGACUCACGCGUAGAAGUGACCAUUCUUGUACCUGAAUUUGAGUGUGGCGAAGAGCAUAAGAGAGCUGCCAAAAGUCACAACAUUUCCAUCCGGGAAGCAGGGCGCCUUCCUGCCUACAGUGAUCCUCUUGACUGGUUGAUCGUUCCCCCAGAAGACCUUGACAUUCAGAUUGUGAUCGGCCAUGGAGCAAAGCUUGGUAGACAAGCACAGAUUAUAAGAAAGUCUCAUUGCUGUAAGUGGGUGCAGGUUGUUCACACUGAGCCUGAAGAGCUGGCAAUGCAUAAGAACUAUCCAAGUGCCAUUGCCAAGGGAGAAGAGAAGAACAGAGCUGAAGUUGACCUUUGUCAAAUUGCAGAUCUCGUUGUAGCCGUUGGACCAAAGUUAAAAGAAGCGAUCGCGUGCAAGUUGCGUUCAUCUCAUCGAGAUAUCUUUCAAUUAAUACCAGGUUCCUUUGCAGAGUUAUCAGAUAUUGAACAUGGUGCAGAAGAUGGUGUAAAUUUCAGAGUAUUGACCUUUGGUCGCGGUGAUUUGGAAGACUUUAGUCUUAAAGGAUACGACAUUGCCGCUCAAUCCAUAGUUGAAUUGAAGGACAGUUCCUAUAGUCUUGUUUUCGUUGGUGCAUCCGAUGGAAGGCAGGAUGACGUCGCAGAAAUCUUACUCCAGACUGGCAUUUCAAAGAACCAGCUGAUUGUGAGAUCAUUUGUGAAAGACAAACAAAGAUUGAGAGAAUUGUUUUGUGAAGUCGACCUGGCCAUUAUGCCAUCAAGAACUGAGGGGUUUGGUUUGACAGCAUUGGAGGCCAUGUCAGCUGGUCUUCCCAUUCUAGUUAGUGGAAACUCUGGAUUUGGAAAAGCACUGCGUGGUCUUCCAAUGGGUGAAUCAUUUGUGAUCGACUCUGAUGACCCCAAGGAAUGGGCAAAGGCAAUUGCAGCCAUCCGUCAAAAAUCAAGGGCGCAGCGGCUUGAGGAAAUCCAAAGACUGCGAAGAAGUUAUGAUGAAAGAUUCUCUUGGGAGAAACAGUGCCAGUCCCUUGUUGACAGGAUGUGGAAGAUGGUCUAUGGUAAGAAAUCAAAUUUACCGAUAGAAAAGUAAUGAUAAUAAUAAUAAUUAGUACCUGAUGAUUUUCAAUUGCGUAUCUUUUCAGUAUUAUCCUCCACUUGGUUUUAUAAUUCAUCUCUGUAUGUCCAUCGCUUCUGCAACAGCGAUUGCAUAAAUACAUUUUUACUAUAUUAUGUUUCGUGGUCCAUGUGCAUCCCUGCAGAAAUAUUUUUGUUAACCUUUUAUCCUUAAUGUUAGCAUUCACUUUCUCCACACUGUUCUUCAUACAUUUCUCGUGUUACUGAUGAGGAGAAUUUGUUUAACAAUCAAGAUCUUUUUUUACCGGCUGAUCAAUUCCAUUUUUUAAAACUUUCAUGUAUAAUUUUAUAACAUAUGGACUACAAUUGAAAGAGUUAACGAUGAAUUGAAAUUUUAAAUCCAUAAGAUUGCGAUACAUCAAAGUCAUCUGAUUUCUAUUCAUAUCCAGUAGCAAUGAUGAAGGUUGGAAUCGUUCAUUUUUUUUUAAGAGUGACAUAGUUUUCUGUAAAUCAUCAAUUUUUUAAACUUUACAGGUCUUGGAAAAAACAGAGAAGAUGACGUUCCACAGAACGACUGUGAAAAAGAUGCUGCAACAGGAGCGAUAGCAGGUAAUUUCAUUGUUUGUUUUGUCAAUUAAACCAGUAGACUGAGGUUAUUUUCUUCUGUUAAACCAGGGUACUUUCGAUUUUUCGGGUGCUUUUAGCUUUUCAAUGCUUAGUGUAGCAUCUCCAAGUAGACUGACGUAAAAUAAUGUUUCGCUCUCCCGCUUACAGGCCAAACCAUUUAAAUUUACUGCUAAUUUUAAACUUUUGCAGGUGUUGAAAAAAACCGAGAAGGUGACGUUCUAAAGAACGACUUUGAGAAAGAUGCUGCAACAGGACCGAUAGCAGGUGAUGUCAUUGUUUGCUUUGCCAAUUAAACCAAAGCCAAAAUAUAUUUUCGCAAUAGAGUGAAGUUACUAACUUACUAGAAUGACUCUGAAGUUUAAUGCUUUGAAUAUUUUCAUUUUAAUAUUGCAUAGAAUUUUAGACUUUUAUUUUUUAGAGUUUUGCAUAGCAUGGAAUUUUAUUAUUAUUGUUGUUAUUAUUAGCUUUUCAGGAAUUUUUUGGAUUGUAACUUAAUGUUAAGCGCUUUUGAAUAUUUUAUAGUUCUAGUACUAUACAAAUUCUCUAUCAUUAUCAUUAUCACUAUCUCCUAUUAAACAGGCGUGAAAUAACCUCUUCGUGUAUCUUAUUUUGUCUUUUUCAUCUUCCGCUCACAGGUGAACCCACUUUCCUUGCACUUCAACAAAUCCUGUUGGAAGCACGCACAGAGUCCAGCAAAACUGAGCUGUCGCAGGCUUUAAAGACGACUGCGUUGGAGAAAGGUUUUGCGAUUUCUGACAAUCAAGGGGAGGGGAACUGCAUGUUUUUUGCACUUUCAGAGCAGCUUGACGUCAUCAAAGGAAUUCAAAUGCCCCAUGAUGAGUUACGCCGAACUGUUGUACAACACCUUCGGGAAAACCCCAGGCUGGUAAGUAUCUUAUUACCUUAUUAGGGUGCACACACCUGCAGUAUACGCGCAUAGCCGUAGCAUUUGUUCGCUACAUUGUUUUGACUCCUCUCAAAGUUAAAAAAAUAAUAAUAAUAAGGCCCUGUCCACACGUAUCCGAAAUACGGGUCCACACGAAGCGUAUUUGAAUCUUUUUCGCCAGUCCACAUAAAAACGCUAAAAUGAUUGAAAUACGAUAGCAUCCAUUUACAGAGCAUGCGCAAUGCUGUAUUCUAAAUCCUCUGUAUUCGUCCAUCCGCACGUCGUUUUUCAAAGUCUCCACUCCUGGCACCGUUUGUUAAAACCUGCGUUUUUGGUGCCAGGAAAUGCCGAUCACGUGUGGGCAGAGGGCUAAAACGGACAAAUAAAUCUCCGAUUUAAAAAAAAUAUCUCUGGAUACGAGUGGACGUGGCCCUUAAAUUGCUGCGAUUAAAUUUGACGGCUUUACGGGUAUGCUGCAAAUGAAUUCAUCCUUUAUGAGCAAAACAACAGCUAACUCUGCACGAGCAUCACGCUUUGCUUCUUCGUCCACUCAAUCAAUCAAUCAAUCAAUCAAUCAAUCUUUAUUCCUCCUAAGAUAAAAAGACAUUUCUUCAGUUACAUCAGCAGUUGGGAGUCUAAAAAUACAUAAGACAUACUGUAUACAAAUGAAAAGAUAAAAAUACAUAAGACAUACUGUAUACAAAUAAAAGAAAGAUCAAAGAUUAUAUCUAAAAACAAGCCUAUUUACAAAAACAUUCGUAAAUCUUUCAGUCUUUAUAUCCAGGCGAUGAGCAGUUUUGUUUUUGAGUUGAUACUUUGUUUCUUUCUUCUUUGGAAUAAUGUUACUAAGCUGGCAAUCGGGAUCCGUUGAACGUACCUUGAAAAGCUUCUUAUCUGUCUUUUCUAAAAGUUCUCGAAUGUCCAUUCUCUUAAAUGUGUAUUUCCUUUUAAAGCAUCUAUCCAGAACGUUUUGUAUGACCGUGAGAUCUGAGUCUACAGCGCCAUAAACAGGUAGACCAUAACUGAAAUUCGGAAAAAACUGAGGCGCUAAAUUGGUGGUCUACUUCACCUUGACUGAAAGCUCGCUUUCGUAGAGAUCUUAAUGCAAACAGAUACUUAUUUGCCUUAAUCAACUUAGCACGUACGUGUUCGCUAUAUUUACAAUUCUCCUGAAACGUAACGCCUAAAAUGGGCAGCUCCGUGCAUUGCGGAAUGUUAUUAACUUGCGCAAUAUCCUGAAUAAAACCUUUCUUGCGAAAAAUAAUUUCUUGACAUUUCGACGGAUUACAAAUUAUACUCUUUCCUUAGGCCAAAUUAAAAACUGAUCCACCAAAUCCGUACGACAGUGGCCAUUACUCCAAAUGGGAGUAUGAUUAUCUAUGCUGAUUUCCAGAUCAUUAAUAAAAAUACUAAAUAAGUACGGACCACUCACACUGCCCUGUGUAGUGCCGCUGUUCACUUAGGGUCAUCUAGAAACAAUAGACGGUGUGCUGCAUACUGAGGAGCGCGUCUAUACAGCUCCCCCCCACCCCCGUCCUGUAGGGAAACUGAGUUGAGCUCAGAUGUUGCGGCACGACUACGACGCAAAACUUCUUUAUGUGACGUUUUGUGGAGGGCAUCGAACACUCGACGGUCAGUUAUUGUUUUUGGGCUUGGACACAGUCACUAAGGGCUGAAAUCCAAGAAAAUUCGCCGACUUACGUCAAACUCACAUUAUAUUAAUAGUAAACAUCCAUUCCCUCAUCUCUCUUACACGUGUAACGGACACCUCCCUAAAACCUACUAAACCUACUCCACCUCCCUAAAAGUGUUGGUCCCUGCUGUUCUUAACUGUUGUUUUUUAUAUAUAUAUUUUUUUGAGGGGAGUAGUAUAGGUCACGCAGGUUAGACACCUUUUUUGUAGUGGAAUCUUAUUACUGUGAAGUGGAAUAAAUUAACGUCAAUGACAUCUUUAUCUCAGCAAUAAAAUGCGGUCGAAUCUCAUCAAGAUAACGUCACGAGCUAUUUUUAUGUAGUAUUUAGUAUAUUGAUUGAUUAUUAUAUUGAUUAUGUAACUUGUUGGGAUCAUGUCCUUUAUUUGUGAGAAUGAUUUUGUUGAUCAUUUUAAAUGAAUGAUUUUCCAGUAAUCGGAGACCUAGUUAUGCGCACAGGAUUAUGGGAUCGCCAGGGGGGCAAACAUUGCAAGUCGCUGCAAAGGAAUGUAUGGCGUGGAAUUGUUUCUCCGUUGAAAAAGCAAAGUCUUUGGACAUAGAAUGCCGCAUUUUGCCAUGAUUUUAUGAGAAGCGGACAAGACUAAUGUUUGUGCGUUGAAAUUAUAAGUUCUUGUGGGAUCGAUGCGAUGAAUUCUAUCGAUAAACACUCCUUGCGAAAAGGUCGACUGUAAAAUUUACUGAAUGGUCUCGAAAUAUAUAGUACUAACUUAGGUAUAAAUGAGCGGGGAAUGCGGACUCAUUUAAGCCUUAGUUUCUAGUUGUAGUUACUUGUGCUGAUAUUUACAACGAGUGUAAUUACGCUCAGCUCGGGGCGAUCACAACGCUGUGCCGGUUUGUGACAACGAUCAGGUACACAUAGAAUUUGAAAUGUACUAACUUUAAAAACAAAACCGUCUUCCCAAGUUGGUAUGUUUAUUUCUUCUCGCCGAAAAAAACGCUAGCAAAAUGUUUUGUCAUGAUCCAGAGCAACAAUGAGUUCUAAUGCCUUUUCCAAUCAUUUUGUGGGAAGAUAAGGAAUCUCUGAAUUUCGCACAUCAAUUUAUUUGCAGUUACACACUCACGGUUUUUGUAUCGGAAAUCUUACUCGUUUUGCGACACUCUCUCUUGCUAUUUCUGCCUCAUCUACUAAUGCUUUUAUACCAUGUACUUUCCAUGAAAUAUUUCGAAGAUGUUGCUUUGUUUAUACCAACGUAGAGGAGGAUUUUUUGUUUUUAUGGCCACGCACAUACCUUCGAUUGUUGUCUUGUCACAACCCGCACAGCGCCGCAUAGCGCUGAUCGCGGCCGAGCGUAGUUACACUGGAUGUAAAUAUCACCACACGUAAUUACAACUAAAAAGCUUAAAUGAGCCCCUACAUUUAUACCAAAAUUUGCACUAUGUAUUUCGAGACCUUUCAUGUAGAUAACUGAAUUCAGUAACCAUAAAUUUCACUCUCAACCUCAAGCAAGGAGUGUUUAUCGAUAGAAUUUAUCGCAUUAAUCACACAGAAACUUGAAAUUUCAACGCACCGGCAUUAGUCACCUCCCCUUCUCAUAAAAUCACGCCAUAUAUUUUCUCGCAAUGUUCGCCCCCUGGCGAUCCUAUGAUCCUGUGCGCGAAACAUGGGUCUCCGAUUACUGGAAAAUCAUUCAUUGUGUGUGUCAUGUCUAUAUCUGGUUAUGAAGACACCUGUGACUUAAAAUCACUGAACAAUGACGCCUUCAGUGUCCAUGGCAGGCAACUUAGGGUGUGUUCACACUGUACCGUAUAGCUUUUUCGCCGGCACGAAAAUCAGUUCACACAUAAGAACGGUGAUUUCGGCGCGAUUUCUGUUAAACGGAGUAAAGCUGUGCCUCGCCGAUCUCUUAAGUGGAGAGUCACAUAUCGGAUAGAUGUCGUGUCUUCACCAAAGGUUAUCCGGUAUAGUGUGAACAUAGCCUUAUUGUUAUUAUUCCGGUUCACUGGUUUUUGGCGCGCAAAGGAGAUAAAGACGUCACCGACGUUAAUUUAUUCCACUUCAAAAAAGGGGUCUAAUGAGUGCCUCCUACACUACUAAAGUGGACAAAUCUUUUUUAGUGCUGAUACCAGCGGGGUCCGCCUUAGAGAGAGUUCACGACAGCGCAGCUGCCUGAAUAUAUACCUUCUACAAACGCACUCUACCUUUUUCUCUAUUAACUAAAGUAUUUUCGUUUUUUCUUACAGCCGGAUGGGACAGAACUGUUUCAUUUUGUUGAUGGAUAUCCAUCUUGGGAUGCCUACCUCCGAAGCAUGAUGGAAGAUGGUACAUGGGGUGAUCACGUGAUUCUACACGGCGCUGCAAACUGUUUUCAAACUUGCAUCCACGUGAUCAGCAGUCUUCCGCAUCGCCAUGACGUAAUGGUCUGCCCAGAGUUUGAUGUUACUGGUAGCAACCGGCUUGUGCUGGGUCACGUGCACGAGCUUCAUUAUGUUAGCCUUAUUCCACAGAAAGGAGGUAAAGAUGUCUGA